AUCAUACAGUGUGCAGCCUUCUCACAUCGGCCUGCUUACUAAUUGACGUUGAGGUUGUUUACAUAAUAGCUCUUCAGUAAAUAAUCUUUGCACACAUUAGCAUAUAUUAUUAGUAUCCACUGAGAGUGAAAAACUCUGUGUUCCUUUCAGCACAGGAAACUACCAGCCACAGUCAUGGUAAUGCUUCUUUCAUUCCUCUACUCAUUCCUCAGAUGUCAGUAGAAACCAACGUCCCGUAGGAAUUGAUGUGAUGGGUUCUCCUAACUUGGAGAUGGAGAUCAUCGUCCUCACUCAGGCCAGCAUUGGAAUCCUGGGAAAUUCCUUCCUCCUUUGUCUUUAUAACUUUAUUCUGCUCACCGGACACCAGGUGAGACCCACAGACUUGAUUCUCAACCAGCUGGUCUUCGCCAACUCCUUGGUGCUCUUCUCCAAAGGGAUCCCCCAGACAAUGGCAUCUAUUGGACAAAAAUAUUUCCUGGAUGAUGCUGCCUGUAAAGUUGUCUUUUAUCUUCACAGAGUGGGCAGGGGGGUUUCCCUCAGCACCACCUGCCUCCUGAGUGUCUUCCAGGCUGUUAAGCUUUCUUCCAAUUAUUAUGCAAGGUUGGAGAUCAGAAUGAGAUCCCCAAAGUGCAUUGGUUUCUGUUGCUUAUUUAUCUGGAUCCUGCAUCUCCUGUUAAACACGGGAGUUCCUUUGAGUAUUACUCGGUCACUAAAUGGAAAAAAUAUAAGUUUGAUGAGAAAAAAUUUUGGCUACUGCUCUGCCUCCUUUUUAGCUAAAUUUAUAAAUGGAGUACAUUUUAUCAUAUUUUCUCUCUUUGAUGCAAUAAGUUUGGGCCUCAUGGCCUGGGCUAGUGGCUCCAUGGUCUUUAUCCUACAAAGGCAUAAACUGCGAGUCCAAUACAUCCACAGCAGCAGCCUCUCCAAGCCCAGACGUUCCCAUGUGGGCAGAGCCACAGGCACCAUCCUGAUCCUGGUGAGCUCCUUUAUUUUAUUUUACUCAGUCUCUUCCAUUUUGACUGCCUGUCUUUCUUUGAUGGAUCCGGGCCAGUGGCUGGUGCUCACCUCUUUGCUUGUGACUUCAUGUUUUCCAACAUUCAGUCCCUUUGUGCUUAUCAGCAGUGACACCCGAGUCUACUACUUCUGCUUUUCCCACUCGGAAAGAAAAACAAUAUUUUUUCCAACCUUCUCAUGCAUCAAAGGAUGUCACUUCUCCCCAGGGAAAUCGUUUACUCUCUCCUUAUGA